AUGGCCUUCAAUACAAGUCGAUCAGUUUGCUUGGCAAAGAUCAUCGCUGAAAACACCACCAAAAUUGAGAUAUAUCGUGAAGAACAAGGAUUGCCCCCCUUAGUUUGGGCCCUGAUGCACCGCUUGAUCGUGGAAGGAUGCCGACGGGCACUUAUCGAUGCUACACUCGAGCUAAGUGACCUAGCGAUGGGUCCUGUUGAGCUUCGUUUACUACCUGGAUGGGCAGUUUUAACCAUGUUCGGCGUGACACAAUUCAUCUUCGACUUUGACAUAGCCCAGCAUGUGCCUCUUACAGGCGAUGUCUCUUAUGAUGACCUCUCCAAGACAGUUAACGUCGGUACAUCCGUACUCCGUCAGGUUCUGCGGGCGGGAAUGCCCUACCAUAUGUUCUACGAGCCACGGCCAGGCCACGUGGCACAUACGGCGACGACCAAGGUCAUGGCGCGAGAUCCACUGAUCAAAGACUGGAGCAGUUUAUCUACAGAUAUCAUAUUUACUGCUGGUACUGGGCUGACCGAAGCCUUGAGAAAGGAACCCGCGGCUAAUGACCCCGCUAAAACUGGCUUCACGUUCGCCAAAGGAGCCAGCGAGUCUAGCAUGUACAUGUACCUUGAGCAGCACCCCGAGCUGGCUCGAAAGUUUACAGGUGUCAUGAGGGCUUUUCAAAAAGAUGAGGCGUACUCACCACGACAUCUCAUCAACACCUGGCCGAAGGAUUUGCAGACCGGCAAACUUGUCGACAUAGGCGGAUCUACGGGAGCCGUGGCCUUUGCGCUGGCCGAUGAGUUCCCAGGACUUGAGAUCGUGGUCCAGGACCUACCCGGGGCACUUGAAACCGCUCAAGUUCGAGAGUCCAAUAAUGUGUCGUUCAUGCCUCAUGACUUUUUCAACGACCAACCUGUCAAGGACGCUGACGCAUUUUUGUUUCGUUGGGUUUUGCACAACUGGCCCGAUAUGCAUGUUCAACGCAUACUGAGGGCUUUGAUCCCAUCGUUGAGGCCUGGCACUAAGAUCAUCAUCUUUGACGACAUAAUGCCUCCAGCUGAUACGAUGAGUUUGAGUGUUGAGCGAUAUCAGCGAAACGUUGAUUUUGGAAUGCUGACUAUUUUCAACGCCAAGAUUCGUGACGUCGAGGAAUGGGAACAAGUCAUUUCUCAGUCAGACCAGUGUUUCAAGGUCACAGAUAUCAGAUAUCCUGAGAAUUCUCGACUUUCUCUCAUUGAAAUUGUAUGGCAACCCUGA